UUGCCUGAAGCAGUUUGGAAUACCUUGGAGCUAUAUGGACUGAAAAAUCGGAUCAUGGCAGUUGUGUGCGAUAACGCCUCAAAUAACGACACCCUACUUCAAACACUUGAAGAGAAAUGUGCCGAUGAAGGAAUUGACUUCUCCGCUAAGCACUCGCGCACCCGCUGCUUGCCGCACAUUGUCCAUUUGGCCGCCAUGCAGCUGCUUGAAGGUAUUGGAGCUAUCAAGCCAGAUGCGAAGCAAAAUAAACGAGUUGCAAUAUUGUAUCAAGAAUCAGUCACAGCACCGCUCGGUCACGAGCAUGAUGACUAUGCAGCUCUUCUUGACGAGGCUGAAGACGAUACU